GAGAGGAACCAGGCUGAGGCCAUGGCCACGUGGAAAAUAGUAGGAGCUCUUCUUCUAAUUCUACACACUGGGUUCUGCCAGCGCCCCGUCAGAUGGUGCACCAUCUCAGAUCCUGAGCAGAGGAAAUGUCAGGCCAUGUCACAGGCUUUUUCUGAGGUCUCCAUCCGCCCAUCCCUCAGCUGCGUUCAGGGACCAACAAUCGAGGGCUGCAUUCAGAAACUGCAGAAAAAUGAAGCGGAUGCCUUGUCCAUGUCUUCAACAGACAUCUACAACGCAGCAAGAACCGCCAACCUCAAAAUGGCUGCCAGCGAAUCGAAGGCUGGAGAUAUCAGCUCCUACUACGCAGUUGCUGUUGUGAAGAAAGCAAACUCUGGCAUCAAUAUUCAUAACUUGGCGGGAAAGAAGAGCUGCCACACAGGAAAAGGACGAACCGCUGGCUGGAAUAUGCCGUUGGGUUACCUCAUAGAUCAGGGCUACAUGUCUGUGAUGGGCUGCAAUAUUUCACAGGGAGUUGCAAACUUCUUCAGUGCAAGCUGCAUCCCUGGAGCUAACCAGGACGGUGACCCUGCGUCUCUGUGCGAGUUGUGUAGAGGAGACAGCACCGGACAGCACAAGUGUGAGAUGAGCAACAAUGAGAUGUACUUCAGCUACGAAGGAGCUUUCAGGUGUUUGGCCGAAGAUGCAGGACAGGUGGCUUUCAUCAAACACACAACUGUCGAGGAAAACACUGAUGGUCGUGGCCCAGCUUGGGCUCAGGCCCUGAAAUCAGAGGACUAUAAGCUGUUGUGUCGUGAUGGCACCACAGCUGACGUCUCUCAGUGGAAAAGGUGCCAUCUUGUUCGUAUCCCAUUCCGUGGUGUUGUUGUUGGCAGUGGCGUCACACCCUCUGUGGUGUUCAACAUGUUGAAGGAAGGUCUGGAAAAGUCGGGCUUUAACAUGUUCUCAUCUGCGGGUUAUGGAGGGGGAACUGUUCUUUUCUCCGAAUCAACCACCAACUUUGAGGGGGCUGAGUCAGAAGACUUGAAGAAGUGGCUGGGCAGCAACUAUUAUAACGUCAUGGGAGCUAUGGACUGUCAAUCUACAGUUGUCCCCAAAGUCCUACGAUGGUGUGUGUUGACCAGCAAAGAGCAGCAGAAGUGUGCCGACAUGGGUGUGGCCUUUCAAAGUAAAAGCCUUACUCCCAGUAUUACCUGUGUACACGGGGACUCUUUGACUGACUGCAUGAAGAGAAUUAAGAACAAUGAGUGCGAUGCAAUCACCCUGGAUGGAGGUUAUAUCUACACAGCAGGCAAAGACUACGGCUUGGUUCCUGCUGCUGCUGAGAGCUACACAGAUGACCGUGAAGGCUCCACAUACUACGCAGUUGCGGUGGUGAAAAAGAGCAGCACUGACAUCCGUAACCUUGAUGACCUGCGUGGCCGUCGCUCCUGUCAUACUGGGUACGGUCGCACGGCUGGCUGGAAUGUUCCAGUAUCAAGUCUGAUGGAGAGAGGACUGAUCCACCCUGAGCACUGUGAAAUUCCCAAAGCGGUGGGAGGAUUCUUUAAACAGAGCUGUGUACCUGGUGCCAAUCAACGCGGUUUCCCUGGCAACCUGUGUGAUCUGUGUGUGGGAGACAGCUCAGGGAAGAAUAAAUGUGAGAAAGGAAAAGACUUGUACGAUGGAUACGAUGGAGCUUUCAGGUGUCUGGCCAGCGGCAAUGGAGAUGUUGCUUUUGUCAAACAUUCCACUGUAUUCCAGAACACCGACGGUCAUUCAUCUGAAUCCUGGGCUGCAGACCUUCAGUCCAAAGAUUUCCAGCUUCUGUGUUCCCAGAACACUAAAGCUGAGGUGUCGCAGUACAGAUACUGUAAUUUGGCCAGAGUGCCUUCUCACGCUGUAAUGGUCCGACCAGAUACCAACAUCCAUGCCAUCUAUGGGCUCCUGGAUCGUGCACAGGAAUAUUUUGGGAGCGACACGGGUUCAGGUUUCAAGAUGUUCGACUCUAAGGACUAUUCUGGCACCGACCUCGUUUUUAAAGAUUCAACUCUUGGCAUUGUGGCAGUCGGCGACAGAAAGACCUACCAGGAGUGGCUGGGUCAGGGCUACUUGAACUCGCUGAUCGACAUGGACUGCAACUCAUCGAGCGCAGUGGUCUCAUCUGUGGGUCUGCUGCUGACAGCCAUGCUGAGCCAUGUUCUGACCAACAUCUGGUUGUAAAGAAAUGACCCGAGUCUUUUCUCCCACCACUUUUUUAAAAAUUAAUUUAAGCUUUUUAUUGUUCCCCUUUACUGACCG